AUGACGACUGCCACUCUGGAGGAUGCCAAACGGCCUGCUUCGUCCCAUGCCGAGGGCACCAGCGCCGCCUACCAGCGGAUGCCAGAGUCCCUCCUUCACCUCAGCGAAGCUGAAGUGUCUGCCAUGAACAAGAAGCUCGUUCGAAAAAUCGAUCUCAUCAUCCUUCCCAUCAUCGGUAUCCUUUACAUCCUCAACUACAUCGAUCGUCAGAACUUGGCCGCUGCCAAGCUUCAAGGCAUCACCGAGGACCUCAACAUGACGACCGAGCAAUUCGCCACCUCCAUCUCGAUCCUCUUCGUCGGCUACCUUCCCUUCCAGAUCCCUAGCAACCUCAUCAUCUCGAGGAUUGCUCGACCGGGCUUGUAUAUCUGCUGCGCUGUUGUCAUCUGGGGUUCCAUCUCAGCCUGCACAGCUGCUGUCAAAAGCUACGGACAACUGUUGGCUGUUCGUGCCAUCCUAGGUGUCUCUGAAGCUGUCUUCUUCCCUGGAGCCAUCUACUACCUUUCUGCUUGGUACACCAAGACUGAGCUCGGAAAGCGUAUCGCCAGUCUAUACAUUGCCCAGCAGGUCGGCAACGCGUUCGGUGGCCUCUUUGCGGCCGGAAUCUUCCAGCUUGAUGGUGCUCAUGGUAUUCGCGGCUGGCAGUGGCUUUUCAUCAUCGAAGGUUCUGCUACAGUUGGAAUUGGUUUCAUCUGCGCCUUUUUCAUGCCCGAGUUCCCCUACAACAGCCGAAUCCUCUCCCAGCUUGAGCGCGAUCUCGCUGUCUGGCGUGUCGAGUCCGAUGCUGGUGCAGCUGAAGGUACCGAAAAGGAGAGCACCCUCAAGGGCUUCACCAGUGCUCUUAAGGAUCCCAAGCUUCUGCUUCUCAUCCUCUGCAACAUGCUUUCUCAGGCUCAGGGUUCCAUCGCCAACUACUUCCCCACGCUUGUCGCGUCUCUCAACUUCAACCGAACCGUCAGUCUGCUUCUCACCGCACCUCCUUACGUCCUCGCCGGUGGCGUCUACUGGGUUCUCAUGUGGUACUCUGACCGCAAGAACACGGCGUACCCCAUCAUCCUUGGAUGCAUUGCCAUUGCGAUUGGCAUGUACAUCAUUCCCAUGUCGACUCUCAACAUUCCCGCCCGCUACUUUUCAAUGAUGAUCUUGCCCUUUGCCUCGGUCGGUCCUCAGCUCGUCCUCUUCAAGACAAUCAACCUCCAUCUUGCACGACCCGUCACCAAGCGAGCGGCCGCUUCUGCCCUGGUCAAUGCCAUCGGCGGCACAUCCAACAUCUGGGCUUCAUACCUCUACUACGCUCCUCCUCAGUUCUAUGCCGCAUUCGGCACUCUGAUGGGCUGCGCUUUUCUGUUUGCUGGCACCAUCACGUUUUACCGCUGGUUGGUGCUCCGAGAGAACAAGCGCCUGGAUUCGGGUGACCCCGAUCAAAUUGCCAAGGUUGUCAAGGGCGGUGUCACCGAGGAGAUGGUUCAGCUCGGCUGGCGCUACGAGAUGUACUGA